AUGUUUAGAGACAGAACAAACUUAUAUCUAUCGUAUCGUCAAACAAUACCACGAUCUGACACCAACUUUGAUUUCAAUGAUGAAGAAGAAGGGUUGAUGGGUCGAAGACGGGUGAAAUAUCGUGAUGAUGGAGGAGCAAUUGAAAUGCAACCUAUUGCUCCUUCAAUCUUCGAUAUUUCUAAAGAUAUUGAUGUUAACUUAUCAAUAAUUAAAUCCCAAACUUCGGAAUUGAAUUCAUUAUAUAAGAAACUUCUUAUCACCAGUGCUGGGGAUAAACCUGAAAUCGAGAAAAGGAUUGAAAAUAUCAAUUAUGAAAUAACAAAGAAAUUCGAAAACAGUUAUGUUCUUAUCAAGAAAUUCGAAUUCUUACAAAAGAAUCAACAACGAUUGAACCUUAAUUAUACUCAUACGGAGUUAGCUAUGUUAGAGAAUUUUAAAAAGAACUAUGCUUUGAAGAUUCAAGAUUCUUCAUUGAUAUUCCGUAAUUUACAAAACAAUUAUAUAAAGUUCUUAAGAGACGACGAUUAUGACGAUUUGAAUGACACUUCACAAAUAACCAGUAACACAAAUUUAUUGAUAGAAGAAGAAACCAAGGAUAUUGAGAAUUAUUCUAAACAAGUUUUACAAGAAACUCAACAACAAAUUCAAAGAGGUAAUGAUCAGUAUUUACAACAAAGAGAUCGAGAAAUAUCUAAAUUGGCCAUGGGGAUUUUAGAGAUAUCGACAAUUUUCAAAGAAAUGGAAAGUCUUGUUACUGAACAAGGAACCAUAUUAGAUAGAAUAGACUAUAAUAUUGGUAAUACAGCUCAAGAUUUGAAAGUAUCCAAUAAAGAAUUACUUUCAGCUAAAUCAUACCAAGAAAGAACUACUAAAUGUAAAAUCAUUCUUCUUUUAAGUUUGAUAGUAUUUGCUUUAUUGAUGAUUUUCUUACUAAGACCUAGUAGUUCAACAAAGAUCAUUGAAAAGCCAUCAGAUGGGUCGAUUGAUAGACCUACUAUUGAAAAACCAGAGGUGGAGAAACCUAAUGACCUGAAUGAUAAACCAGAAGUUUUAGCCCCGCCAGCUGAAGCUUUGGGAGAGUUUUUAAUAUAA